AUGGCGGUCAGCGCAAGUGCGACCACCGCGCUGGCGGACCUGCCGUUGGAAUAUCUCAGUCUUUACCAUACAGUCGAUUCAUAUCUCUCGUCUAUCCUUGUUUUCUACGGCCCUGUGGCUACCGCAAAUGCCACCGUGAGCAGCUCGCGCAUCCAAGCGCAUAUCUUCACACCCGCUGGGUUUCAGAGCUACUCUCGCAUCACAAUAUCCCCCGCUGCGCCCUUGUAUGCAGCUGUCAACCAUCUGCCCCGCGAUAAACAAGGCGAUCCGGUCUGUCGGGGGCUGGCAGUCAGCAUGUUGAAGUACUUCGCAGAGCUAGCCGAUUCACAAUUCACGCCAGGGUGGAGCCCCCCGAAGCUAUUUGAUGAGAUGCACGCAGCCGAUUUGGCGAAUCGAAUGACAAAGGUGGAAGACUCAUCGGACAUUGUGCGGGACCUCCGUAGCACAUUUCAAGAGCGCAGAAUUCCUUGGGCCGAUAUCGAUGUUGUGCUACCGUCGGGCAUCAUACAACCCUUGCAAAGACGAGAAAGUGCAGGAUCAGAAUGGGAAGAUGAACAGGAACAGUCUUCCGAAUAUGGCCCAUAUACGGCGCUGAUAUUGGCCUUGGGAGAUCCUAUGUUUUUGCCAACAUCAAGAUUGAAGCGUGCACCCUCACAACCCACAAACGUCAGCAAGUCGAGAAUCUUUGCACGCAGCCAGAAAGAGGCACUGCGUCUCACCAUGUGUGAACUAGUGGACACAGAGGAGCGAUACGUCGCUAAGUUGUAUUCCCUUGUUCAUGAAGUGGCAGACGAGUUCCGACAGAAGGCUCAAGGGAAAGGUCCGUCAAGCACUAGUCCCAACGAGACUCAGCUGGCGCAACUGUUCCCUCCCUGCCUUAACGAGAUCUUGGAGGUCAAUCUCGGCUUCCUGGAUGAUAUUCGCCAAGUACUUGACGAGACAGAGAAAGACGCCCUUACCGACAUAAGCCAAGAUACGGAGCUGUCACAUCGCGGUUCAAGAGAAACGAGAGACUCUAUUGGCGCGGUUUCAUUCGCGAAAGCACUACUUGCUUGGCUACCGCGUUUCUCAGAGCCAUAUGCCGAAUACAUGCGUGCGCAUACAGGUUUUACGCAGAUACUCAGCACUUUUAUGAAGGACAAAAACUCCAGUUUUUCGAAACGAGUGUAUGAGACUGGAGAGCAACGACUGCGCUCCCUCUUGAUGGAACCAGUGCAGCGACUUCCUCGAUAUAGCCUAUUGAUUGAUACGAUGACUGGCAGUCUACCCUUGGUCCACCCCGCGGUGAGGCCGUUGCUCAAGGCCCGAGACCUUGUAAAGGACAUCUGUGCAUUAGAUGAUGCCUCGCCCUCGAGCCAUGCGCAAAGCCUCAAGCGUCUGAGGGAACUUGUGGACGCGUGGCCAGCGAAGAUUUUCCCCGAAGGUCGCUUGAUCACGGCAGUCGAUGUAAACGAAGUGGUACCGCCGUAUCAACUAUCCGAGCAGCCGUCAACCCUCGGCGCUGGGAUUAUGCUUCUUUAUAAGAACUGUCUCGUGGUUUUAGCGAAACCCGAAGAAAGUCGAACCACUGCACGUGGGCUGCUGGCCGACAUAGAUAAUGCAGCAUCCCCAACCAACGAUAUGUCUAUGUCCCUACCGUCUGGUGAGCUCAAGGUCAUUCAAGUUCUGGAGCUUCCUGCCGUGCGUUGUAUGCAAUCGAUCUGUGGUCGAAUGCUGUUCGUUGUUCCCGCAUCAUACAAAACCAAUGCGGGAACAUUGGAUAGUGGAUAUGACCUUCUUGCAUUAGAGCUUACUGCGACGUACGAGGGAAAGGCCAGUCGUUUGAUCGAAGAAAUCACGAAAGCAAAGAUUGAGGGACGGUUUCCUGAAAAAGAGCGCGAGGGAAGCAAAUGGACACUGCGCAGCCCUCCAGGGUCUGCUGGUAGCACGAGUAUCUUGGCUUGCGUCUGCGAAGACGGCGAGACGGCGGCACUCGACCGGCCCCGUUCUUGCCCAAUCCGUCUUGUCUUUGACAUGCCAAAAGCCAUGUGCUCUCAGAUUCUAACUCGUGACGACAUCGAGGUUAUAGUAUCUGUGUCGCCGCCAAAUGGCGACCAGUUCAGACUCGACAUAGAGUCAGUCGUUGGCAUGGCUUCUACGGACUUGGUCUCGGCAGAUACCUUCGUCCCUACUCUUACUAGGCGUUUGCAAAAUCUCCUAAUGUCUCUGCAUAGCCCUCGAAACCCGAACUUAGUUAAACCGCUGGUCCAUUCGAAUUUCGCCGUUAUUCGGUUUAUUGCGAGCAGUCUGAUUGCGCAGGCCAAAUCCUCGAGAGGCUUCCGGCCUCCCUCUCCUACGAAGCUACUCUCGAAUCUUUUAGGUGGCAGUCGCGAGAAUGCGCCAAAUUUGAAAGGCCCGAGUUCAGCCACCCUACUUGGCGAAUUUCCAAAGAUGCCCCCACCGACAAGGCCUACUCAUUCCAGGUCCAACACUCUCCCAUCGACAUUCUCAGGAAAGGAGAAAGACAAGCAAAAAGAAGAAACUCCAAGCAAAAUCUCAGUGGUUGGAGCAACUGAUGGCCAGGGCCCGGAAAGCCAGCUGGGGUAUCUGCAACAAACGUUCGCAGCAUAUGUGCUGUCUUUACAGUCCCGAAGUGGCAAUAUUCUGGGCAGAAUGCUUCGCUCGAGAGAGAACGCAGACCGAUCACCCGUUAAUGAGCUUUACAACAUCUUAUUGGAAAAUCCAAGCAAGCUCCAAGCAGCCGCCGAAGUACCUGUUGAUACUCUGUUUGUCGCCUUCGAAACGUUCAUGAAGAAUGCCUGGAAAGACAGCAUGGGCCCAGUACUUGAUGUUUCGUCUCUGAAAACUCUGCAGAAUCAGUUUGACACAAUGUUUCCGCACGAUUUCGAUGAGCAAUUCCGAAAAUUCCUGGCUGAUACCAGCCCACAAAACCGCCGCGCAUUAGCCGCAAUCGUUCGUCUUCUGGCUGAAUUGCUUGAUGCAUCUGGCAAUGAUGGUGACCGAGGGGCCCUGACAAUGGCAUUUGCAGAAGUCCUCACCGAAGAGGGUGACCCUGUGCAGCAUGUGUCACUCCUGGACCGCCUAGUCGAGGAUUUUGACAGUCUGUUCGAGGAAUUCAUCCCCGGCGGGGCCUCAGUGGAGGGGACCUUGAGCUGCGACCCAAACAAGCAAUCCUCACAUACCAGUGCUGGGUCUGUGAGCUCCAACAAUUCAUCAUUCAGGAAGCGCUUCGGAUUCGGAUUACACAAGGAGAGCCAUAAAAACGAGGGAGAAAGUAAGGUUGCAUCGAUUCUGCGAACUCUGAGCAAGCGACAAAGCCCGGGCGACUCAGAACCCAAUACCCCCAAGGGAUCAUUGAUACGAUCGAAGUCGACUGAUGUGGACGCACGGCUGGGUCUACUUCGGCCUGCAUCUCGUGAUCGCCCUUAUGGGUUUGCCUCCGAAGAGCAAAUUUCUAGGCCGGGUACCGGUCACGGAGAACCGCCAUCACUGUCUUCCAUUCGAGGCAUCUCCCAGGAUGGUGUUGUGAAAGUUCGCAGAAAACGAAGAAGCUCCCUAUCUGAUUUCCGCCCACCAACUGCCUCUUCUGAUGCAUCCUACGUCUCCCCAACGCAUCCCUUGCGCCCAGUGACACCAUCCAGUCACCCACGCGGUGAAGCAACGACACCAACCAGUCAAUCCAGACCACAGAGCAGCUACCUGGCAGUAUCGCCUGCAAGGAGUGCAUCGCCGACAAAGGCAACCUCACCGGCUAGACUUGGGUCGCCUAUUCGGAGAAUGUCACCACCGCGUCCUUCAACUCCUAGCAGGAAAGAGAACAUUGAUCCUACAGAGCCCCAUACGGAGCCAUCAACUAAAACCAAACCCGAUCUCCCAGAGUCGCCCCCUCCGGACACCAAAAGAAGAUCACGGGCAACCAGCAUUCCUCAGCGCACCCCAGGAUUGCGCGAACGCCCAGCUACUAACGGGUCCGAUACUCUCCGCCCGCAGUCUUCCUCCUCAUCACCUCAAAAGCCGCAGAAGCUGCGAAUGCAGAGCCCUCAAAAGCUUCGUGAUCGUGUACAACAAGAUAAAAGAGCACAAGCCACCUCCCAGGCUGGCAUGCGAGACGAGCUGCGAGCACUUGGAGAUGAGCUACAGGCUCUGAGGCUCACACCCACCAAACAAUCUAGUCCGGAUCGAGGAAUUGGAAUUACUGGGCCUCUAAGACCUUCGGGUACUAAGUCUUCGCUUGAAGGCCGUUUACGAAGCCUUGAGAGUCGAUUUGACAGCUUCACUGGUGAAUUCAAUGACCGCACCUCUGCUCUCGAAAAGGACCUUGAAUCUUCUUUGACUGUUAGUGAGAAGCGUGUGAAAAAGCUGGAUGAGCUUUAUCGAGAGGCAAGUGCAGAAAACGAGGCGUUGUAUGAUCGAUUCAACUCGGAGCUCAGCAAGAUCGCCAAGGAUGUGAGAUCCGGAAACGGAGAAGAUGCCUUGAAAUCUCAGCUGUCAAAUGCCAUGGAAGAAAUUGGCCGACUCAAGAAAGAAAAUCUACGCCUCAAGAGAGAAGUUGGGGGCCUCCGAGCCCAGCAGGCAGCGGUUGCUCUUCUGAGAGCAAGUGAGCAGUGA